AUGAGAAAAAUACGUUUUCGUUAUAUAAAAGAAAAUGGUAAAUCAACAUCUGUUACUGUUCGAUGUAGUUUAAAACGUAAUGGUACACUCAUUUCUGAAGCACUUAGACAUUAUCAACGAUUAGAAAAUGAAAAUAAUGGAGAAAAAUUAAUAGAAAAAUCAGCAAGAAAAUCAGAAAAACAUCGACGUCAAUAUCAAAUAAAAGAAUGUAAAAUUCGACCGAUUAUUGUUCAACAAGCUGUUACACAUAAAAUUAAACCGACAUAUCAUCAUUUUGAUCCAAUACAAUUACGUCGUAAACAAUGUUCAUCAACAUUAAUCGAUGAAGAGAUUCCAAUAAUAUCUAAUCGUAAUCUCAAUUGUCUUACAACUUCAUCAACAUCAUCAUCAUCCGGUUUUCGAAGUAAUUCCCGCUCAUCAACUAUUCAAACAUCUUCUCUAGUUGGUUGUAUAGCUAAUACAGAUAUUCCCGUUUAUGCUAAUGUUGUAACAAUUGAAUCAUCAAAAUUUGCCUAUAAUAAUACAUCAGAUAUACGAUUAAAGUUAUGUCAAAAUAAUUUUAAACGAGCAAAUAUUAUCAAAGAAAUCUAUAAAACAGAACAUGAUUAUUUAGGACAUUUAAAAAAUUUAGUUGAUGGCUUUUUAAAAAAAAUGUGUUUACGUAUAGACUUAUUUUCUGAAAAACAAAUUGAAUUAUUAAUGGGAAAUAUUGAAGAAAUCUAUCGUUUUCAACAAUCAUUUUUUCAAUUAUUAAAAUUAUCUAUUAAUGAACAAAAUCCACAUGAAAGUCUUAUUGGAAAAUGUUUUCUUCUAUAUAAGGAAGAAUUCAAGAAAUAUUCCGAUUAUUGUAUUAAUCAUCCAUUAUCAUGUUUAGAAUUAAGUAAACUUGAAAAUAAUAUUAUUUAUCAAAAUUUCUUUGAAGAAUGUCGUUUACAAGCAAAUAUGAUUGAAUUGAAAUUAGAUGGUUUUCUUUUAUCACCAAUUCAACGUAUUUGUCAAUAUCCAUUACAAUUGAAUGAAUUAUUAAAAUAUACAACCAAUGAUCAUAGAGAUUAUGAAAAUAUUCGACAAGCAGUUGAUACAAUGCGUGAUGUAGCUAGUUUUAUUAAUGAAAGAAAACGACGUAUGGAAUAUGUUGAAGUUGUUCAUAAAUGGCAAUCGACUGUGGAAAAUUGGCAGGGUAAAAAUUUAAUAGAAACAAGUACACAAGGUCUUGGCCGUGCUGAUGCUUAUUUAUAUCAAAAUGGGAAAAAAGAACAUGUGACUUUAUUUCUUUUUGAUCAUGUACUUAUCAUCUGUAAAAAAGAUCGACGAAAUACUCUAAUAUAUUUUGGUCGAGCUGAUUUAGAUAAUUCAGAAUUCGAAGAUCUUGUUGAUGGAAAAGUAUCACGGUUAGAUGAAGAAAAUGUUGUACAUUUAUUGUUUGCUUGGUGUUUAUAUGAUCGUGUACAAAAUAAAUCCUAUUUAUUUGCACAUCGUACACCACUAGAUAAGAUACAAAUGAUUGAUGCAUUAGAAUAUGAACGUGCAUAUGUGGAAGAAAAUCUAUCGAAAGGUUUAGAAAUUCCACUUUAUACACGAUUAGCAACACUUAAAACUCAACAAUAUCUUGCAGAACAACCUAUACCUAUGUCUAGAUCAUCAACAGCAACAUCAUUUCCUCUAAUAACAAAGCCAAAUCGUUCAAUAUCAGCAAUUUUACGAACGAGUAAUUCACAAUAUAAUAAUCAAACAAUAAUAUCUACAGGAAGUAUAGCUGUUGAUCAUCCACCAGUAUCACGACGUCGUUUUGUUCCAUCACGUAAAUCUUCUUUACCAAGAUUUGUUCGUAGUUCAUCUCGAGAUUCAUCCAUAGAUGAUAGUUUACGUUCAAUGAAAUCACGUUUUCGUUUUUGGUCAUAA